GUGUGCGUACGAAGUUCUAACGCUCCUUUACUCCACCAAGAUGGGCAGAAACCAGACGGGCAAAAAGACCAAGAAGUCUCGCAACUGGGCGAAGUCAGAUAUCCUGGCGGGCGUCCUGCAGUACAAGUCUCCUCCUCCUCAGGACGGCUUCGACACAACUCCGCAGAGCUUGCCAACCUGUGGUCUGAUGAAUAGCAACAAUUCAUGCUACAUGAACGCCGGUCUGCAGCUUAUGGCCUCAGACCCGGUCUUGUGUAGAAUAAUAGAGAAGACCGUGCCUGCAGACCUCCUACACCAAGCACCUGCAACAUACGCGUUUCGGCAGUUCCUGAAGAAGAGGCGCGGUGGCCUCAAGACGGGCGUGGCAGCGCCGGUGGCCGCCGAUGCCGUGGCCGACGUGCUGUUCNGGACAUAG